AUGCCAUUUUCCCCUUUUAAACUCUACUUUUCAACCGGAAUAUCAUUAAUAAUUCUUUUAGGAUGGCUUAGCACUAGUGUCAUGAAUACUGCAAGAUAUUAUCAUACAUCAUCCGUAUUAAACAAUGGUAAAGUAUUGGUCACUGGUGGAUUGAGUAAUCCUGGUGUUGUUUAUCGAAAUGAUGCCGAAUUGUAUGAUCCAUCGACAGAAACUUGGGCAGCGACCACUAGUAUGAAUAAUGCACGAUAUCUACAUACAUCAUCCGUUUUAACAAAUGGGAAAGUGUUAGUUACUGGUGGAUCGAAUGGUUCUUAUCUAAAUAGCUCUGAGUUGUAUGAUCCAUCAACGGGAACUUGGUCAACAACAGGUAGUAUGAAUGAUGCACGAUUUGGACACACAUCAUCCGUCUUUACAAAUGGGAAAGUGUUAGUUACUGGUGGAUCGAACGGUCUUUAUCUAAGAAGCACUGAGUUGUAUGACCCAUCAACAGGUACUUGGACAACGACGAAUAGUAUGAAUAAUGUGCGACAUCUACAUACAGCAUCUGUAUUAGCAAAUGGAACAGUGUUAGUUACUGGUGGGUAUAAUGGUACAUCUUAUUUGAAUAGUGCUGAGUUGUAUGACCCAUUAACAGGAACUUGGACCAUGACUGGUAGUAUGAAUGAUAUACGACAUCACCACACAGCUUCCGUCUUAACAAAUGGAAAAGUGUUAGUUACUGGUGGUUACAGCGUUGGAACCAUUAAUCUGAAUAGUGCCGAAUUGUAUGAUCCAUCAACACGUACUUGGACAAUGAUGAGUAGUAUGAGUGAGGCACGAAGUCAACACACAGCAUCCGUAUUAACAAAUGGAAAAUUGUUAGUUGCUGGUGGAUGGAAUGGUAUUUCUUCUCUGAAUAGUGCUGAGCUGUAUGACUCAUUAACAGGAAUUUGGACAAUGACUGGUAACAUGAAUGAUGCUCGAAGUAUGCACACAGCGUCAGUAAUAAAAAAUGGCAAUGUGUUAGUUACUGGUGGAUACGGUUCUAUGACUCUGAAUAGUUCAGAGUUAUAUUAA